CGUCUCCACGUAGCCCACUUCGAGAUCUUCCCACUCACCCCUACACCUGCUCAUUCCAUCAUACCAUCAACGGCCAGCACUGAGAACGGCAGUCACGGAGGGGGGGGGGGCGCCAUCCCCGCACACUGUCUGGCCAAUCUUCCGCUAUGUCCGUCUCAGGCCGAGUCCAUGGGGCCCAGAAGGCCCAGCCAAUCGUCAUAGACGACUACGACUCAGACGAGCUCCCGCCCCUCAAGCUCGUGCAAAAGACGCCCAGUCGUCAGGCCUCAAGCAAGAGCAGCCAAGGCAGCUCUGCUGACAAGAGGAGUCAAGGCAGUACGAGCCAACGCUACUAUAGUCAGUCUAGCCCUAUCCGGGGUGAAGCCAGUGCACCCCUCUCCACUUUGAAUACUAAUGAAGCAGGUGGGAACUCGCUUCGUCCGUUUCGGCAGGGCGCAAAAUUCGGUUCUCAAAGCAGCUCAGGAUCGGUAGACUUAUCAGCUCCAGUUGCGUCCCUAUCAAGCCAUCGAACCCCGAAGAGAGAACGGGGGGACAUCAUUGUGCUCUCCUCUGACGAGGAGGACUCUAACAGAUCACGGGCGCCGCCCCCUCCGAAGCGCCGGAUCGUGAUCGUCAAGAAGCGUCAUAAUACUCGCUCACAGAAAAUUGAAGCUGAGAACGAAGUCCUGCCAACCGCUACCGCGGCGAACGGCGAUGGUAGUGCGGACCCUGUUGCGAAUGGCAGUCAGAACGCUUCGCUGGAUGUCAAGCAUCAGACAGUCGAAGGCGCACUGAUCUCGGCCGAGAGACAAGAUGAUUCUCCCGCAGUCUCAAGUCUUCAAAAGACCGAAGAAGAGGCCGACGAGCUGGAGCAGACAGAGAGGGACAAAUCUGAGACAAGUCUCACUUCUGAAAAAGAUGAAAAGAAAGACUUGGCAGCUGUACCGCCUGAUUCCGCCGGGGCCCCAUCAAUCGUUACCGAACCUGGCGUGAACGCGAAUGUUGGGAUUUUGCCAAGGGAUAGUAAAGCACUGCUUUGGAACCCUUCCGAGCAGCCCUCCGCUGUUGCAGGGCCGUCUGGCGGUACUUCGUCGCAUGUGACCACAACGGCUGACGGCGCCGCCAUAGCCCCCGGCUCUGUCGACCAGUCUUGGGCUGCCCCCCUUGUCGACCGCGGUCCCGAGAUGCCUGGCGCAUUUAACUCAGCUCCUACUCUGCCAUUCGGUGACAUUGCUCGCUUCGACGAAGAAGCUGACGCUGCAGCCCCUCUCCCGUUUCCCUCCAUAUGGGCACAAGCAAUUAAUGGGCUAUCCACGCUGACCGGUACGGUCACUGACGAGGGAGCUACAACGGCAGAUGCACUGGGUCAAAUCUUCCAAGCCGACGAGGAAGCUAUUGCAGACAUGGCGAAUCUCAAGCCAUGCUCUGCAGCUGCCUUACAGCAAUUGAAAGAAGCUGGCUUGAAAACAACCCUGAAAAAUCAUCAAUCUUCUGGACUCAAAUUCCUCGUCGAUUCAGAGCAUCGGCAGCUACCUCGCCUUCGGGAGGGUGACGUUUGCCUAUGGGUUGCGCGAAGAGGAUAUCGUGGUGAUAUCACCUACGUCAAUACAGUGUCGCAUGAUAUGGACAAGAACCCUAAGAUGCCCCGAGGAGCUAUUCUAUCAGACGCCAUGGGCUUGGGAAAGACGCUGACCAUCCUAGCUUUGAUUCUUGCGCCCGAUGACGGAAAAGGUAUCAUCGACGCACCUGACUUAGGGAAGGGCAAAGCUUCGGCUUCUGGCAACAGCACCAAGUCAAGCCCAAGGAAAGAGGUCAAAGCGAAGCCACGAAAGAAGCGUCUUGUCAUGCCGACUAUGGGCACUCCUCUAGACUUGGAUUCUGACAUUGAAUGGAGUAGCUCUUCCGGGGACGAGUCCGAAGACAGAGAGGCGGCGCAGAAGAAGCUGCCUACCCUCAUUGUCUGCCCUCUCUCAGUCGUGUCUAAUUGGGUGGGGCAGGUCAAGACUCAUCUCGAUGCAAGACAAUUUCGUAUCGGAGUCUUUCAUGGUGCGGAGGGGCUCAAGCUGCAGAAGGAGAAAAAUUGGUCCAAGUACAACGUCAUUGUCACCACGUACGAUGUCCUCUCGUCUAGCUACCGACACCUCGCACUUCUCAAGGGGCACAUCAAGCGAGAAGUGGAUUUCGAGCAGGAGGAGCGAGUGUUACGGAACAGUCUAGACAAUUACGAGAAAUUCGUCUUGCGGGAGCAGGGCUCUUCUGCUCUUGCCGCCGCGAAAGAGAGAUCGGCGCAGCGCCUCAAGGAACUCAAGCAAAAACAAGCAAAGCUUCGCCUGAUUUGUCCUACGAUGACUGGCAAAACAGACGAGAAGAAGAAGGACAUUUGCCUUGAUCGCGCUCGCAAAUUUCGAAGAAACAGCAGUGAAGCGGUCAGCGAAGAGCAGUAUCCUGUGAUCGAGAAAGAAGACGACUUGCUCUACUGCUGGUCUGGCAAGGUGCGAAAGCCCGAGAAUGAGAGACUCAUCCACGAAGAGUGGAAGAGAGUCGUCUUGGACGAAGCGCAUGUCGUGCGCAAUCCAUCGACGAUCGCUUACAACGCCGUCUUGGCUCUCAAAGCUGAGCGACGGCAUGCUGUCACUGGCACGCCUCUCAUCAACAAGACGAAUGACAUAGGCAGUCUGGCUGCCUGGAUCGGUGUGAGCCCUUAUGCCGGUCAGCCUAAUCAAGGCUUGUGGACCAAUACCGUCGAGAACAGUAUCAAGAAGCAAGAGGCCUUUGGUAUCCGCAUUCUGAGAUCGAUCACAAAAUCUCUGGUCUGCUUGCGGACGAAGGAGAUGCGAAUUGAUGGAAAGGCACUCGUAGAGUUGCCACCUAUGAAGAUCCACAGCAUGCCUCUCGAGCUGAAGCCGGAUGAUCGCAUCUUCUACGAUAAUGCCGAGAUGGCACUCCGUCAACGCAUCGUGCAAAUGGUAGAAGACGGCGAGCUUGACGGCAACCAGAGCUGCAUUCUAGUCUUCCUGGCGCGCAUGCGUCAGCUAGCGAACGAUCGAAGGUUGGUCCCCGCAGACCUGAUUGAUCGUAUCUUGGAUGCAGACCUGUCAGAUGGUCUGCCCGCACAGCCAGGCAGUGACGAGUCGUCCUCACUCUCUCAAGCGCAAAUCGAGGUGCUUCAGGAGAGACUCGGCUCGGCAGUCGACAUGUAUGAAGACUGCCCUAUCUGCAUGGAGGCAUUCACCAGGGAGAACGAUCCGGUCAUUACUUGGUGCAAGCACAUCUUCCACCGUGCCUGCAUUGAACAGUCCAUAGCCAGCAACCCAACCUGUCCCUUGGAUCGAUAUCCUCUGGUGAGAAGCACCAAACUCAUCAGUCUUCCCGUGGAGGUAGAGCCUCAGGAGCUCUUGCACAGCGAAGGCUCAAUAGAUGGGAUCAAGAUCGAUGCUAUCAUCGAAAUCACACGGAUGGUCGAAAUGAGCGGGGACGACAAGAUCAUUGUGUUUAGCAACUUCACAAGUCUGCUCAGGCUUGUAGAGAAGCGACUCGAGUCGGAGAAUGUCCCUUUCGUCAGCUUCUACGGCUCUCACACCAAAGGCCAGCGAGAUGCUGCUCUCGCCUCUUUCGCUAGACCUCUUCCCAAGUUUUUCAAUCUGGCACGAUCAGCAGCUAGCGGAUCGGCUGCUGCUGGCCCAUCUUCAGGCAGUACUCUUCUAGAUUGGCUGGACAGAGUAGACCUGACACUGCCAACAACAGGCUCAGCGCACAGCAGCGGCGGUUCCAAAUCUACGAGCAAAGCCAUCCCUCGUGUCAUCUUAAUGUCGAUCGGCGCGGGCAGCGUGGGCAUCAAUCUCACUGCUGCCUCUCAUGUCAUCCUGGUAGACCCGUGGUGGCAAUCUGCCAUCGAAGAGCAAGCCUUUGCGCGAGCUCAUCGUCUUGGUCAGACGAAACCCGUCAAUGUGUACUGUCUCAUCAGCGCUAGGACUGUCGAAGAGCGAGUCAUCAGUAUAGCACAGGAAAAGGCGCGGCUGUCCAGCUUUGCCCUGCAGGGUGUCACUUUCAAGGGCAAAGCACUCUGGAAAGCCUCGGACAAUCAGCAAGCACGUUUGCGUGACCUAGGAGCCAUGUUCGGCAUGAACGACGAAGAGAUGGCUCGUAUCUCCAGGGCCAAUCGACUACGCAGGUGAAGAAGGUUUACUGCUUGAGGGCCAUCGAAGCUUCCGCAUCCCGUCACUAUCACACACCUCACAUAGGGCCCUCUGUCUCUUCUAGGGCGCGUCUCCUACCCCAUGUAUAUCACAUUCCCCCCGUGCUACCUGUUAAAUUCCAACUCGUGUAUUCUCUUCUCGGGUCUCUCUCUACCUCUGUCGUCCUUUAUACCAUGCAUUCAGCUUAGCUUGAACUCGGAAGUGACGAGGGCGUCGAAAAGAUGAAGCGUCGAUGUUUCUGUUCGUUUUUCCUCGCCCUCGUUGCCAGACCUGGACAAGGUAGUAGAGCCCUUCGAAGGUCGU